UCGUUUCGUGAACAUCACUGUUUGGUUCACUCACCCAACCAUUUUGCGAGUCGGCAAAAAGUUUUGUGCCGAAAUAAAUAUAGUGCCUAAAUAACAGAAAGUCACAGAUAUUUACAUAAAGUGAUGAUAAGCAAUCAAGAUUUGGAUUAACCGAAUGUGCUUUUGACAAGGGCAACAAACGCGAAAGUUUUGUACUCGAAUCGAUUUUUUCUGCGCUACACUGCGCUGCUUGCGAUUUUCACAGCGCCCACCAACAAACCCAAGCUAGAAAAUGUCGCGGCAUCCUAGCGACCGGAAAGUGUAUGUUGGCGAUUUGGGCAAUAACGCACGAAAGAACGAUUUAGAGUAUGUCUUUGGUGCCUAUGGCAGUUUGCGCAGUGUUUGGAUUGCACGAAAUCCGCCAGGUUUCGCAUUUGUUGAGUUCGAAAGUGCCCGAGAUGCAGCUGACGCGGUGCGUGGCCUGGAUGGACGUACAUUGUGUGGCCGCAGAGCUCGCGUAGAAUUAUCCACAGGAAAAUACGCUCGUUCCGGUGCAGGUGGAGGUGGUGGUGGUGGCAGCGGAGGAGGUGGUGGCGGUGGUGGUUUUGGAGGAGGACGUGACCGAGGAGGCGGCGGCGGUCGUAGCGACGAUAAGUGCUAUGAGUGCGGCAUGCGUGGUCAUUUUGCGCGCCAUUGCCGCGAGCGGAAGGCUAGACAACGACGCAGAAGCAACUCUAUGAGCAGAUCUCGCAGCACAUCGAGACGCCGUCGCACUCGCUCGAAGUCGGGAACUCGUUCACGCAGCCGUUCAGCUGGUUCGGGUGGACGUCGCUCUGGACGCUCCCGUGAGAAUGGUCGGGAUGAGAACGGUUCGGUAUCACGUUAUAGUGACCAGGAUCGGAAUGGCAGCGGAGUGGUGGACUCGCCGCCGCCAGUAAAGCGGCGAUACGAUGAUGAUGACGACGACAGAGAUCGAGGCUCGCGAUCGCCAUCACCGCCGCGUCGCGGUUCGCCGUCGCGCCGUCGCGGCGAUUCCUCAGUAUCGCGUUCCAUGUCUAGGGACUAGCGUUGCAAGGAACCUGAUUUUGGCCAUUUACAAUAGGGCUCAACCUGCUGCUUCUUUCAUUCCUUCAACCAAACACAAAAAUAUUAAAAGAAAAAAAUCACAACAAAAAAAAAAAUUACAAAAAAAAAAACACCCCAAAAAUUUACAAUUACCUAUCUGUUCGUCAGGCAGUCAAUCAUUUUAGUUGCCCACAUUCUUAGCUUAGAAUAUAAUCUAUAGACUAAAAUACACCAGCAUUAAGCAUAUACUCUCUUUUUCACACUCCCACUUCCUCUAUUUUCUCCACCUUAACUGAGAAUGCCAGGUAGAACAAUUUUUUUUAUAUCCGUUUAAACGCUCAUCGAACAAACAACUCAAAUUUACAGAUCGAAACAGUUUUAGUAUCAUCGAUCUAGUCAUUCACCUCAUUAUAAAUGAAAACCUUUUGCUUUUCAUAGAUACAUAAAAACAUACAUAAAUACAUGCAAACAUAUAUAGAAACAUAUAUCAGGCUAAGAAUGUUUUUGUAUUCGAAAAAGAGAAAUCACGUAAUUAUAUUGAAGUGGCAGCUUAAAUUUGUAGGAAUAUAUGAAAAUCAAUCAAUCAAUCGUUUCGGACAAUUGAAAUUCUAUCCUCAUGUCAAUUUUAUGAUAUAAACUUAUCAGAUUGAUCGAACGAACCCUUUUAACCUUGAAUGCCAGACAGAUCCAAUGCCCGAAUGAUAUUCUCACUUCAAGUUUGUAAGGUGUUUUUAAAUAUUCAUUAAAUUAAGCAAAAUUAUUGCAAACCAAUUCAGAUUUCUCAUACAUUACGUCAUAGUUAAGUAUUAUAAUAAUAAUGUAUGAUUUUUUUGAAAUGCGCAUCUUCUAUGUAACAGGUGCGUGUAGAACCUACAAUACAUUAAUAUUCAAUCAAUAAA